UCUAGUGGACGGGACGUUUCUUCAACAACAACAGCUUAUCAGUCACCUCGGUAGCUUUCUAGCAAACAUAGCCGAAACAUUGAAGCUCUUUAGACUGUCUCAGUGUUUUAAACAGAGUUUCGUCGAUUAGCUAGUUACUUUAUUUAAUGUUAUAUGUAUAUUGUUAGUAAUUGUUAGUCAGCUAGCUGGCUUGAUAAGUUAGCCUAGCACUAGGCUAGUCGCUAAUGCUACCUAGCUAACAUCCCCGACCAUGAGCUCACUAAACUACUCUCCUGUUAAAGAAGAGAUCUGCUGGACGGAGAAAGAGGGUCUGUGGCUGAACAUUGUCGUGAAAGAUGAGGAGGAUGUUACAGUAAAACAAGAGGAAGACGCGUUCAGAGUGAAAGAGGAGGAUUUUACAGAGAAACAAGAGGAAGACGCGUUCAGAUUGAAAGAGGAGGAGGAUGUUAUAGUGAAAGAAGAAGAUGAAGAGCAAGAGGAGGAUGCAGGGGAGGAGGGGGAGAUGACUGUCACAUUGAAAGAAGACGACGAGGAGGAGACAGAAGAUCUGAUUAAGACCAGAGAGAGACCAGACUCUGACUCUGACAGCGGAAAGAGUCCUUCAGGGGGACCAGACCCAGUGACACCCAAACCAGCGAGACAACACCACUGCUCCCAAUGUGAAAAGAGAUUUUCCCUAUCAUGGGACCUAAAACGGCAUGAGAGGAAACAUACAGGAGAAAGGCCUUUCCAAUGUUCCCAGUGUGGAAAGAGUUUUACUUUGUUAGGAAACCUGAGGGAGCAUAAAAGAAUACACUCUGGAGAGAAACCGUACAACUGUUCCCAGUGUGGAACGAGUUUUGCCUGGUUAGGGAGCCUAAAGCAACAUGAGAGGAUACACACAGGGGAAAGGCCUUUCCAAUGUUCCCAGUGUGGAAAGCGUUUUACCCGCUUAAGGAGCCUAAAGGAGCACGAGAGGAUACACACAGGGGAAAAGCCUUUCCAAUGUUCUCAGUGUGGGAAGCGUCUUACCUGCUUAGGGAGCCUGAAGGCGCAUGAGAGGAUACACACAGGGGAAAAGCCUUUCCAAUGUUCUCUGUGUGGAAAGCGGUUUACCCAGUUAGGGACCCUAAAAGAGCAUGAGACAACACACACACAAGAAAAGCCCUACCAAUGCUCCCUGUGUGGAAAGAGUUUUAUCAAUUUAAGACAUCUGAAUAAGCAUGCAAUAAUACAUACACAGGAGGAGAAGACAUACCACUGCUCUCAGUGUGGAAAGACAUUUUCCCAGUCAGAGGACCUGAAAUCACAUGAGAGAAUAGAGAGGCUGUGUUCUGACUUGUGUUUUUGACCUGAGAAUUGAGGUUUUUGUUCAUGCCAAAUGAAAUCCUAUUGUUUAUAUAAAAUCAUUAACAAAAUAGACCUUUGUUUUAGUUUUCUAUCUGUAGACCUGAUCAUGUCUAAAAUCAGAUUAAAUACAAUUUGUAUUCUGAUUUGAUUAUGAACUUUAAUGGAUACAUCUAUAAACCCUCUGUUGUUCAUUACAGUUUGGGGAUAUUAUUAUAUAGAUGAAUGGAGUUCUGGAUUUCUUGAUUUUAACGUUUAUCCUCUUGAAUUUGAUUUGAUCUGGCUUUUCACUAAAUGAAUUUGAAUACAUGAUUUAGAUAUUGCACCAUGUAAAUUAUUAAAUGGAUUAAUAGAAUGUGCAUUUCUUGAAUUUUGAACUUUGAAACCUCUUGAAUUUAGUUGUUUUGUUUCAUUGAGUUAAUUUGUGUAUUAGUCGUCCAGAUAAAGGACUAUGAAAAUGUGAUGGUGUUUUUAUAAUAAAGUUGUUGACAUGAAAAA